UCACCAAGCGUUGUUUUGUUAUCAGAUCUGUUAUUGUCAAGCAGCAUGUUGGAAAGCGGUGAACAUUACUUUGAGGGGGUUGAGAAACUACUUGAAAUCUGGUUUGAGGAAAGCUCCAAUAGUGAGAAUGAUCUGCGUAACAUUACCAGAUCUGAUUGGGAAAACGUGCUUAGCAAUGUCAACUGUGAAAUUAUAAGCACAUCCAAAAACGAUACUAUAGAUGCUUUUGUAUUGAGCGAGAGCAGUAUGUUCGUUUCCAAGCGUCGAUGGAUUCUUAAAACUUGUGGAACAACUACUCCUCUUAAAUGCUUAGGCCUUUUGUUAAAACUAGCAGAGGCCAACGGAUUCGAUGUAGUCGCAGAUUUGUUCUACUCGCGUAAGAAUUUUACAAGACCAGAAGCACAGAUAGCUCCUCAUCAAGGCUUUACGGAAGAAGUUACUUAUCUUGACUCAAUUUUUCCGAAUGGAAGAUCCUAUUGUCUGGGCUCUAUGAAUCUGGAGUGUUGGUACCUCUAUACCUUUAGUCGUUCUGAUAUUAAAAUUUCUCCUCAACACAUAACGAAUGAGAAAGAAGUUGACUCUGAACCAGAUCAAACUAUUGAAAUUCUUAUGCAAGAUCUUGAUCCGGAUACCAUGUCGAUCUUUUACAAAAACAAAUUUGAUAAUGCCCAUGGGGCUACUGUGAAAUCCGGAAUCGAUACAAUAUUGCCAAGUAUGCACAUUGAUGAUUUUUUGUUUGAUCCUUGCGGAUAUUCUAUGAACGGAAUUAAUGACAAGGGAGAAUACAUGACCAUUCACAUUACUCCGGAAAAUAAGUUUUCGUAUGUUAGCUUUGAAACUAAUGUUGCGCUGACUAACUACAGGAAACUUAUUAAUCAAGUUAUCAAUACCUUUAAGCCUGGCAAAUUUAUUGUGACAAUUUUUGCUAAUAAGUGCUCUUUGGCUUAUGAAACCAUGAAGGAGCUGGAAGUGGAAUACUCCAAAGGAUCGCACUGGAAACGAACGGACAUGCAAUGUUGCAAUUUUCCAUCGUACAACCUUCUGUUUGCACAAUAUUCUUAUAAUGAACAAAAUGUUGAUAAUUUAUGAAGUUUGCUCUCCAAUGGUAAAUACGGUUGUUUUACGUGUGUCUAACCAAAUUUAUUGUUCAUUUGUUAAAAAUUAAUCAGAACAAAACGUCGAAUAAACUUUAGCACUAAAAAAAUACUAGAUUCAA